UUCUUCACCCUUUCUCCCUCAUAUAUUCUCCGAAAGCCAACGUUCAUUCUCUUCCCUCUCCGCCGCCUCCCUUUUGGCCGCAUCUCAGCCUCAAUCUCCUCUUCUUCCUCAACAGAAUUCAAAAUUUCCUUCGCCCCCUCGCCCAAAAAAGUCCUAAUUCCCGAUACGUCGCCUCAUUGCCCCUCUGUUGCUCCCCUUCCCGUCAUCAUACCUUGGAUCGUCCGCGACGAGAAUGGCAAUCUUAAGCUUCAGGCCACUCCCCCUGUCGGAUUCCUUCAAGCGAUAUCCGAGUCCAAGCCAUCUCCAACCAAAGAAAAGAAGAAGGAGCCUGUCGGAUUCCUUCAAGCGAUAUCCGAGUCCAAGUCAUCUCCAACCAAAGAAAAGAAGGAACGUGCCUUGGCGCCAAAGCAUUCCAAGGCAGCGAGGAGGUUUUACAAUCAGAAUGUGAAGGAACCGCAGAGGCUUAGCAAAGUUCUAGCUGCUGCCGGAGUGGCGUCCAGGAGGGGUUGUGAGCGUCUGAUAUUUGAAGGGAAAGUGACAGUUAAUGGGUCUUUGUGCACCUCUCCUCAGGCACUGGUUGACCUCUCAAAGGAUUCAAUCUAUGUUAAUGGGAACCGUCUUUCUAAAAGGCUGCCUCCAAAGUUGCAUUUUGCUCUUAACAAGCCUAAAGGGUACAUUUGUUCGAAUGGCGAAGAAACUAAAUCUGUGGUUUCCUUAUUUGAUGAUUAUUGGAAGAGCUGGAAUAAAACAAAUCCUGGCAUACCAAGGCCUCGGUUAUUCACUGUUGGGCGUCUUGAUGUUGCAACUACUGGCUUGAUUUUUGUUACCAAUGAUGGUGAUUUUGCUCAACAAAUUUCUCACCCCUCUUCUAAAUUUACAAAAGAAUAUGUUGCAAGUGUAGAUGGUGUUGUUCAUCGAAGGCACUUGACUGCUCUAAGUGAUGGCACAGAAGUUGAAGGCAUGCAUUGUGCACCUGAUUAUGUGGAAUUAUUGCCUGCACAGCCAAAUGUUCCUAGGUCUAGACUUCGUAUAGUG